CUUGGAACCAGAAUAUUCCUGACAUGGAUAGGUUUGUGGAAGCAGAGGGAGAAUCUGAACCAGGGGAAUGGUGGACAGUUGUCUCCUAAAACCUCAAUAGAAAGUCACGGAGAUGAUAAAGCUGCUUCACACUGGCCUCCAGCUCAGGCUCAGACGCUGAUCUCAUCAUUGCCCUCCCCACUGGAGUGGGAUCCUAAACCUGGGUUGUGAUUUAACAGUGAGCUCCAUGGCAACCUUAAACUCCAGUAAUACGCUGUCCUCCACAUUCUAUCUCACAGGUAUCCCCGGCUAUGAGGAAUUUCACCACUGGAUAUCCAUCCCAUUCUGUGUCCUCUACUUUGUUGGAAUAAUGGGCAACUGCACCAUCCUGCAUAUUGUUCGGACGGACCCCAGGCUCCACGAGCCCAUGUACUACUUCCUGGCCAUGCUCUCCCUCACUGACAUGGGCAUGUCCAUGCCCACAAUGAUAUCACUCUUCAGGGUGUUGUGGUCCAUUUCCAGGGAAAUCCAGUUCAAUAUCUGUGUGGUCCAAAUGUUUUUUAUUCACACUUUCUCCUUCACAGAAUCAUCCGUGCUCUUGGCUAUGGCCUUUGACCGCUAUGUGGCUAUCUGCCACCCUCUACAAUAUGCUACCGUUCUCACACCAAGACUUAUUGCUAAAAUUGGAAUUGUAGCCCUGCUUAGGAGUGCUUUUGCCAUGAUUCCACUUCUGGCCCGGUUGGCCUUCUUUCCUUUCUGCCACUCCCACACCCUUUCUCAUUCCUAUUGUCUACACCAGGACAUGAUUCGCCUUGCCUGUGCUGACACCAUGUUUAAUAUUAUAUAUGGGUUGCUUCUGGUCAUUGUGCUGUGGGGCAUGGACUCUGUGUGUAUUUUUGUGUCUUAUAUGUGCAUCCUUCAAUCAAUAUUAAGAAUUGCAUCACGUGAGGGGAAGCUUAAGGCUCUCAACACAUGUGCAUCCCACGUCUGUGCUGUACUCAUCCUAUAUGUGCCUAUGAUUGGGCUCUCUAUCGUCCAUCGUUUUGCCAAACACUCUUCCCCACUCAUCCAUAUCUUCAUGGCUCACGUCUACUUAUUGGUCCCACCUGUGCUCAAUCCAAUCAUCUAUAGUGUGAAGAAGAAACAGAUCCGCCAAGGAAUCCUCCAUCUGCUUUUCCCCACAAAGGCAGUUCUACUGUGA